AUGGAGAGCUUCGUAUCUAGAAUUCCAAUAGCAACAGCAUUAGCUGAAAGAGGCGUCUCAAUCCCCAACCAACUGUGCCAAUUAUGUCACAAUGAUCCUGAAACUGUUGACCAUGUAUUCGUUAAAUGCGAGUUUGCAAAAGGGACCCGGGAAUGGAUCUUCAAAUGGUGUGGCAUCAAAACACAAGAUUUUUCUCAUAUUAAGGAGAUCAUCGACUUUGCAGCAGAAUGGGGGAACUGCCCAAAGAAGCGAGAUCUCUUCAACUCCAUUGUAUUCUGUUUAUUUUGGAACAUCUGGAAGGCAAGAAACAACCGAGUAUUCAAGGAACUGAAAACAUCUCACACAAAGGUGGCAGACGAUAUUAUUUCUCGUUCUUACUUAUGGUGCAAACAUAGAAGUAAGCUCGGAUGUGGGAAUUGGGCGGAGUGA